AUGGGAGGAGGAUCAAGUGGUGUCAAUAAUUGGUGGGCAUCGUAUGAAAACGGACCGAGAAACAUGAAUGAUCCAAGAAACGGAAAUCCAAAUUUUAAUAAUAUGCAAAGUACUCAAGGACGAAUUGAUUUGAAAAAAGAUUUAAUUGAUUACGCAAAGAAAAAUUCUGCAUUUGUUAUGCCAACCGUAUUCGUUGCACUGUACCUUUUACACAAAGCAGAAGUACAAAAUUUGUUGAUGAUAUUUAGUAUCAUAUUUGUAAUGUUUUAUACGAAUCGUCUCAAUAGCUCCUAA